AUGUCCGCUGCCUCCAUAGGGUUCACUUCAGAAAAUCCCACGCUAGAUCCGAACGUCCGAAAGGGUGAGCAUCCCAGCAAAGAAGAAAUGGCCAAUCCUAAUAAUUCUCUAGCAUUGCCACGGGGUUGUAAAGUUCUCUCAAGAAGGACCCAUGGAAAGAGUUUCUGGGCAACCACAGGCAGGAUUGAUGUCGAGCUUGAAGACCGGACUAAACAGUCUUACUUCAUCAAAAUAUUAAGUCGAGACUCGGCAAAGGACAUUGUCCAUGGCGAGUUCGAAUCGAUGAAGGAAAUAUACAAGGUGGUUCCAACCUUUGUUCCUAAACCCAUUGCGUGGGGUACCUACGAGUCCGCGCCAGAGACUUCAUUCUUCCUCUGCGACUUCAAAGAGAUGAAAGGAGACAUGCCAGAUCCCAUCGAAUUUGCCGCUUUGCUGGCCAAGCUUCAUCGGAACAGCCGCUCACCCACGGGGAAAUUCGGGUUUGACACGACGACGUACGCCGGGAACCUCCCACAAAUGGUGAAGUGGGAGGAAAGUUGGGAGAGGUUUUUCGCCAACAGCCUUAGAUAUGCUCUUGACCUCGAGAUAUCCACCAAAGGUCCAGACAAAGAGCUCGAGGCCCUCAUCCCUCUGCUAUUCGGUAAAGUUAUUCCCAGGCUCCUAAGGCCGCUGGAAACUGGUGAUCGAAUGCUGAAGCCGUCAUUGGUCCAUGGUGACCUCUGGUACGGCAAUUCCGGAAUCAACAUCGCCGAUGGUCAGCCGCUCGUGUUCGAUGCGUGUAGCUUCUAUGCGCAUAACGAAUAUGAGCUCGGCCAAUGGAGACCGGCCUGUAACAAGUUCGGACCAGAAUACAUCGAGGCAUAUAAGUCCUGCAUGCCAAUUUCGCCACCCGAAGAGGACUUUGAGGGCCGUCUAGAUCUUUAUAGAUUGCGAUUCGACACACACGUCUCCGCCCUUUUCUCCGAGGACAAAAAACUUCGGGCGCAGGUAAUUGGUGUUAUGAGGGAUCUCGUUGAAAGAUACGGCCACUAA